AUGGCGAACCGCGGUAAGGAGCAGAACAAGGAUCGCGACAACCCAAAGCGGCGCGAAACGGAGGUAACAGAGGAGGGUGGUCGAGCACUUGGAAAGGAGGGCCUGCGAGACUCCGAGAUAAGUCAUCGAUCGGCGCGCCCGGAGCCGGAGAUUGGAAGUUUCUUGCGAAGAAAGGUGCAACGGGGGGGGUUCAACCAUUUCAGGGACAACACGCACAAGACCCCGCAAAAUCGGUCCAUAGUUAUUCCGCACUCCGCCACGCCUAAUAUUUCCCACGGGUCACCUUUGCCCAUCCUUUUCUCGUUCGGUCUGACCUGGGCCAAGUCGGUUAUACCUGCCGACCAUCCCGACCGUGAGUGGCAUCUCACCUCCGCUUGGCUCAGCUUCAAUCGCAUCACGAUCAGACUUUGGGAGAAGAAGGAAGCAAUUGUUCGAAAGACAUUUCAGCCGGCAAAUAUGGUCCUCACCCACACCACCACCGACACCUACAAUCAUCCCUUCCCGACCGUCACCCUCGCCUACUUCCUCCGCUACUCCUCUCCUAAACUCAAUCCCUUCUCUACCCAUGUCCUGAGCACCGACACCCUCGAGAGCUAUGUCGACCCAACCACCGGUCGGCUGCACACGACCCGCAUCCACCUGAAGAAGUCUCGCCUCCCGGCCACCGUCUUCAAGCUCCUCCCUUCAUCCAUCACCGGCGGCGCUGGUUCGGGCGGGGAGAAGGCCAGCUACAUCCUCGAGACGAGCACCGUCGACAUGCGACAAGGUUGGAUGCGGACCGAGAGCCGGAACCUCAAUUUCAACAACGUCCUCUCCGUCGUCGAACGCCAAAAUUUUGACAUCCCGUCUCUUUCUUCUUCUUGUUCUUCUUCUUGUUCUUCGUCGUCGUCGUCGCCUUCUUCCGCUACUUCUUCUUCUCCUCCUGUUGCUGCGUCUACGGGUACCUCCCCCUCGACCGAUGCCGUCGGUUCUACCAACGUCACCACCACCAUCGUGUACCGAUCCCGCCUCGGCGAGCGUCUUCGCGCCAAGAAGGACCAGUUCUCCUCCGAGGCCGCUGACUUCAGGGAGAACAAGUGGAUCUCCGGCUGGGUCACGGGGCUGGGUCAGCGCGGGAUUCAGCGGAGCAUCGAGAACCUGGCUUCCAGCAAGACGGAGGCCCAGAUUGGAAAGAGUAGGGAAGGCAUGAGGGUCGUCCUCGAGCGCCUGCGUCACGCUGGUGUCGUCGGCGUGCUGGAGAUGAUGAGACGGGAACGCCAGGCGGCUUGA